AUGUGUAUUGGAUGCCUUAAACAAAUCUUUUAUGAUUUUUUAAAUUAUAUUUUCGUUAUCAUUUCAGACCAUCAUCAUGUGUUUGUUGGGGACCUUGUUCAAGAGAUGAAAACACCUGAACUCCGUAAACUUUUUGAUGAAUAUGGAAGUAUCACAGAUGCUCGGGUUGUACGAGAUCCAGAGACCGGGAAAUCCAGAUGCUAUGGAUUUGUAUCAUUUGAACGUGAAGAGGAUGCACAGAGAGCUAUCAAAGAAAUGAAUGGUGCCAUAUUACCGCAGUAUCCAGGGAUGAAGGCGAUCCGUACAGGCUGGGCCACAAGGAAACCGACAUCUCAUAAAGCACCUUCAGUUGAAGCCAAGGACUAUGAUAAAGUAUUGAAUGAGACGAGUCCCAACAACUGCACAGUCUACGUAGGGGGUCUGCAAUUCAAAUUCACAGAAAACGUUCUACGGAAGGUAUUUGGACCGUUUGGUGAGAUUCUGGAAGUUAGAACAUUUCCCGAGAAGGCAUUCGCCUUUGUCAGAUUUGGAAGUCAUGAGAGUGCAACGAAUGCUAUCGUAUCUGUCCACGGAUCUACGAUAGAGGGCCACGUCGUGAAGUGUUCGUGGGGAAAGGAGAGCAGCGAUUCUUCUGGCUUUCAGCAGUCACAUGCCCAGUCUCAACAGAUGCAGGUACAACAAGGCGUAGGUCAAUUCUACGGGCAACAGCAGCAACAACAAGGUUUCAACCAGUUUGGUCAGUACGGCUAUCAACAGUACCCGGCAGGAGGGGGCCAACAGUAUGUCAUGCCAGGCGUACCACAGAACCAACAGUAUGGUUACUACCAGAAUCCCGGUGGUAUGGUGAUGCAAGGUGGAUUCUUGGGAGGAUACAACGGAGGCGGCGGCGGCGGAGGUGGCGCCGGACAAGGAACACAAGGUGGCUACAUGAUGCAGCAGCAACAAGGAGCGUCGGCGGCACUCUAUCCAAACUCUACCCAAUCAGGAUACAUGCAACCUGGUUACCAAUGAAGAAAUAGAUAAAUAUAUAUCAAACAAAUGUAAUAUAUGACCGAUCUCAUGCAUCGAUAGAAUGCGUGGUGCGAGAUAAGGACAAGGAUUUCUUAAAAGUUGUACCGUUGCGUGGUGCAGGUAGAAUAUCUGUGCUGUGUACAGGUGAGAAUGAGAGAGCAUACUGGAGUGUUUGGGGGAAAAAAAGUGAGCGGAAAAUCUGCGGCAGAUGGGUAUUUUUGAAGUUAGUGUAAAUACAAUGCGUAAGGAACAAGUAACAGAUAGAUUAUAUGGUUAUAUUAACAAAUUAUUUGAGAAGAACUGAAUUUUAGUGACUUCUUGAGAGAGAAAUAUUUGCAAUAUAUACCUCAAUAUAUGAUUGGAAUUGUGUAGAGGUAUAAGGCAUUCUGUAGAGAUAAAUUACGAUGACCCCCCCCCCA